AUGGCAGGCCAUGGUCCAGUCGGAGACUUCCCGAUCAAGGGCAAAAUCGUCCUCAUUACCGGAGGUGGGAGUGGGAUUGGACUCUCACUUGCGAAACAGUGCCACGAAAAGGGUGCGCGAGUUGUCGUGGGAGACUUGAAGCUCACUCAGGAAGCUCAAGACUUUCUCACUUCGAAGCCCGAGUCCGACCUCUUUUUCAAGACCUGCGAUGUAACAUCGUGGAAGUCUUUGGAAGCCCUCAUCACAGCUUCACUGAAGACAUUCGGCGAUGUUCCCGACGUAUAUGCUCCUGUCGCAGGAGUCUUUGACCCGUCUUGGUCCAACUUCUGGGAUGACACCGAAGGAGAAUCCUACAAGACUGUCGCCAUCAAUAUCCAGCAUCCCGUCAAGCUCACGCGUCUUGCUAUGCGAGCUCUCGCAUCCGCGGGCAAACAGGGUGUUGUCUGCCACGUGGCUUCCACGGCUGGAAUUCGAGGGAAUUUCUUUGCUCCGCUCUAUGCCACAACAAAGCAUGCUGUAGUGGGCUUGACAAAGUCAUUGGGACAAGCCGAUCCAGAGUUCGGCGUGCGAAUUGUAUGCGUCCUUCCAGGGACCGUCAAAAGCCCACUGUGGGAGGACAGAGAUGACGACGUGAUGAAACUCACCAAAUAUUCGGAGCGAAAGCUCAUGCCACCAAGUACGAUUGCGGACAUGAUACUGAGAAUGGUGGAGAGUAAGGAGUAUAGUGGUGGGACUUGUGUGUUGAAGACCAUUGCUGAGGAAAAGGUGAUUGAAGAAGGAUGGGACAAACAGGCUGGAAAGUACGAUCCAAGUCCUCGGCCUGAUGCAGACUUGAGUCAUAUCAGAGAAGUGCUUGCCGCAGAAAGAGGCAAGAAGUGGGCUGAAUAGAGAUAGAUUACUGGUUCGAUACCCA